UUCGUUGCGCGCGCGCACCGCACGCACCGCCCGCGCCUCUACCGCACGCAACAUCGUUAUGUCAACUCUCGCGCGCAUCCCUCUACACCGAUACUACCCUUACUAAUAAAUGACGAUUGACGACCUACUAAGAUCUCCAAGUGUUUUCAAGACUGAUUUUAAGUAACAUGUUGUGAUAUUUAUUAUUGAAUGUGGACAUGUAUGUUAGGUGAGACUGUGCGCAGGAGUGCGGCAGGCAGUGGGCACAAUGAGUGCGCCGCUGAAUUGGCACAAAUGGCUAGUGUUGUCGCUGCUCGGAUUGGCUUUGUCCGCUCGGCCAAUUGGCUGCGAUUAUAGUUCCAUCACCGAGAAAUUUGGAGCGGAAGCCGUCGCUAGAUGCAAUGAAAAAUGUCCUUUCCAGAACCGAACCGAUGGACAUUUCGACGUGAGCUGUGCAUCUGACUGCAGCGUGCAGCAGUGUACAUUGGGAUGCAGUUUAUGGCAAGAAGGAUUGGAGUUUUCGUGCCAAACAGUAUGCAACGUCACGUUAGAGACUGUCGUGUCUCGUGAACUGUACUGUGUUAUGGGAUGCAACGAGGCUCUUAACACGUACUUUCAAAAGUUAAGAGAAUUGAUUGGCAUCCCACCGGCACCAGCGCUCGUAGCGGACAGUCUGACCGCUACAUCGUUGUCUCUAGUAUGGGAACCUCGCAUCCUAGGCAAUCUCAGUUACCUUGUGCAAUGGCGAUACGAAGAGCUACCUGGCAGUUGGCAGUACUACUCUAAUGCCAGCCACUCAGACCGAUCCAUUAUACAUGUGGAAAAUCUACGACCUUAUACGAAAUAUCGGUUUCGGGUAGCAAUUUUCCUCUCCGGCCACAGCGGGAUAGGAGAGCCCGUGUACUCCGCCCCGUCAGUAGUUAUCUCCACAUUGGAGAGUGGAAAACCAAGCUCGGCACCUUCAGCUUUGCGUGCCGCGGCGCCCGAUCCCAGUCGAGUGGCCAUAUCAUGGGAACCUGGCGCGUUCCCGAACGGACCUCUAAUAUCAUAUGUGCUAAGGCUUACUGACACCCAGCCUAACACAAUUGAUGCGUUGGAGGAUAUGCCCGCUUCAAACAACACUUUGUUCUACAUGUUUCAAAACCUGGCACCGGCACGAGAGUAUGAAGUAUCGGUUUCUAUGCGUAACUCAGUCGGUGAAGGUCCCAGAGCCUAUGUCAGAGUAUCCACCCCUCCUUUACCUACUGUGGUGCCAAGUGAACAACCUAUUUUGAUUUUGGGCGGAGAACAAAACAUCGUAGCGGCACCGGCAAACGAUAUGCUGUCUGAUCCUGUUGAGUUAUACAGCACUGAACAUAAAAUCACAGGUGUGGGCUUGGAUGUCUCCAGCGAUUCCCUCUUCGUGUCAGUUUCAAAUGGAUACGUCUACCGAAGCUCUUUAUCCAAAAAGAACAUUCCUGAAGCUAUUCUUACACCACAAAACAUAUCCUACAAACCUUUAGAUUUGUCUGUCGAUUGGUUGAACCGCCAUCUUUACGUUCUUGGGGAGGUUUAUUACACUCGAGAUGCGAAUUCAUCGAACGCAACCUUGUAUUCGAUAUGGGAGAUACUAAGAUAUGAUUUCGAUGGAAGAAAUCAGGUUGUGGCGUUGUCGGGCUAUUUUAAUUCCCGACCGAUUCAUUUCGAAGUUGAUGCUUAUAACGGGUAUUUAUUCUGGGCACUUCGAGGCGUAGAGCGUGGCGGAGGGAGUGGCGGGGGUUUAUACAGACUGGACCUCGCAAAUAUUUCCAAUGGAGUUCGACAUGAUGCCCCUCCAGAACUGAUCGUUAGAGAUGCCCACCUAGGCGCCUUUACCGUGGACCAUGCCGAUUUCAGACUGCUAGUUGCACAUUUAAAGAAAAACACCGUACUUGCUGUUUCUUUAGAUGGGCGUGAAGUAGCAGAUUUUCGAAGCAACACCCAAAAGCCAAUGUUCCUAUCAACACGUUCAAUAGCAUAUGCGAGUGGCUUAUUCUAUUGGACAAAUGGCAAAGAAAUGCUUACGGAAGAGUAUCACGCACAAAGUGACAGCUACUUUCAUAACGAAUAUCCUUUGGCUUAUAACACGAAGACAUUGCAAACGAGACAGGUGCUGGUAGCUUUAAGAAGUUGUCAGCCAAUCCCAGUACCCGUGAAUCCACCUAUUGGAGUACAGAGUGUGAUGGGGAUAGAACGAGCGAAAGUUUCGUGGUCUCCACCACACUUGUUGGGUCAUCAAGGAAGUGGCGCUUGGCAGCAAUGGACAUUCCAUCUCCAACUAACUCACGCUGAUAGUGGAGAAACUAUAGACAUUAAGAACAUAAAUGAGUCCACGUUUAUUGUUGAAGACUUGAAACAAGACGUUGAAUAUGUCAUUAGAGUUGCGGCAGUGACCAAAUCUGGAGCAGGUCCGUGGUCUUCGGAAUUUGUAGGCAAAACAUUAGCAGCAUCACCGACUACUUUAAACAGCACAUUAGUAUGGUCAGGUCCUGAUGGAUUAUUAGAAACCGAUUUAACAGGAGAAAAAUUAAGAACUUUGAUCGACAGGACCUCUCUGAAAGACUUCCACAUAACGGACAUAUCUUGGUAUCGUGACAAGCUAUAUUUGGUAACCAACGCGUCAACAGUCAUGUGGUUCAACACCACUUCUCAUGAAUCUGGUCUGAUGUCGAAUAUGGAAAAUGUAGGAAGUUUGGCAGUAGAUUGGGUUGGCAAAAAGAUUUAUUGGUCUAACCCCACACAGCAAUUGAUUACUCGAGGAAAUUUCGACGGCAGCAAUCGAGAACCAGUACCGAUUGUAACGGUGGCGAAAGAACUGACUAUUGACUCUUUGGGAGCGUACAUCUAUUGGAACACAGGCCACGCUGUAGAAGCUGCAAGAUUGAACGGUGAAAACAAGAUGGUUUACUAUCCAGCUCAACUCUUCAGUGGUAAACAAGUCAUGGGUCUAACAGCUGACCUGGAAAGGAAAUGGUUGUACUGGCUAGUGCGAAGUUACGAUGGAUCGGAGCUGCAUCGGGCACCGACUGCUGAUCAAAUUACCAACGGCAUCUAUGAGAUCUCCGGUUCGCUGGUGACGCGUCUAGCAGGCACAGCCACAUUGGGACCGUUAUGUUACUUCAGCGGACGAUUAGUUUGGGUUGAAGACGCUUCCCGUGCUGUGGUGUCAGAUCUGUAUGGCCGAUACACGGCGGACCUCGUGCCUAGAGUCCACGUCGUAGCUGUCAGAAUACCCGCACUUCAUGCUGACAGUGAAUCGCUGAUAGCCAUUCCGGAGACAAUCAACUCGUCUUCUAUAACGGUGGUGGGGGAGUCACACAACUUCAAUGUCACUUGGUCUCCGGCUACCAACGUCAAUAUCAACAACAGUAGCGUCUACUAUGACGUCAGCUUGCACUUCGCUGGACACUAUAAAAUUGAGAAAACCGUAGACGUGCCAUGGGUGGAAGUGCGAGAGCGGUCACUAGGACCGUAUACUGCGAUGGACGUGACAGUCCGCGCUCACACGCACUGGGGCGGAGGCGCGGCGGCGCGGGCGCAACUGUACUCGCCACAAGCGCCGCCCUCGGUACCACGCCGGCCUAGAGUAUAUAUACAGAGACUGCACAGCGGUGGUCCAUUAACAGCGAUAUUCCGUUGGGAACCGCCGGCGCAGGCUAACGGUAUCAUCCGCGGCUACGAGGCGCAAUGCUGGACGCUGCCGGCGGCGGGGCGCUCGCUCGCACUGCCAGCUAAACCAUCUGCCUGCGCUGACGCACAACUGUCGCCGACUCACACGCAGCUCAUGCUUAGAGACCUUGUCAACGGGUCCACUUACUUCUUUCAAGUCCACGCUAACACAGACGCCGGCUUCGGUCAAUACUCAGAAAUAGUAUCAGCAUCACCUGAUGGAGUCAAUCCUAUCCCGAAAGUAUUGAUAUCUUCACAAGAAUCCAUCAAGAUAAUAGAUUUAGAUUCCGGAGAGAGCGAAAUUAUACCGAAAAGCACAGGAAUACCGUUGGAUUUUACAGUUUCCAUUGAAGAAAAUAUUGUGUACUGGGUCAAUAAUUUAGAAGAGGUGUUCUCAUCCAGAAUCAAUGGCAGUGGACAUUAUAAGUUGGCGUCUAUCACAGAUACAGCAACAAGUAUAUGUGUGGAUUGGGUGGGCCGUUCCGUGUAUUGGGCUCAAAUGGAGAUGACAUCGAGCGAAACUUAUGUGGUGUACCGAGCUGACCUGGGCAUCCCCAACACCCGACCGCACAUCUCACGAAUGUUCGCUAGGAGACAACCGAUUUACAGUUUACAAAUCUCACCUUUACAGCGAUCAUUAUUUUGGUACGAAGAGAGUACCCACCCGGGAUUGGGCACCUUAAUGACAGCAAAAGUUAACGGCUCCCAACUAAGGACAUUCUUCAACAACACCGGAGAAGACAGUGAUUCGCGAGAGGACUGCACAUGUCCAGAAAAUCCUCAAGUGGCGAGACCAUUCGUUAUAGAUAUGACAAGUAACGACAACGAACUAUACUGGGUGGAUCCCUGGGUACACCACAUCGUAGCUGCGGACAUGGAUGGAUGUAAAUGUCGAGUUAUAUUCGACGCAACACCGAAGAAGAAAUACGGCUUCACCCCCAAGUCGAUAACAGUAGACAGCAAAUUCGUCUACUGGUUCAAUUCAACCGAAAAAGUAAUCUUUUUUACCAAUAAAAAUAAAAAGUCGAAAGUAGAACAGUUUAAAACAUCUUACGGUUAUAAAAUUAUGGCGUUAGACCCAGGUAAUCAACAGUAUCCGCCAAAAGAUUGUUUAUACCCAGACAGAACACAGAAUAUUCACCCCAAAGUAACUUCUACAUCAGCGAACAGUAUUUCUUUGCGACUACCAAAGCUUGACAAGCCUAGUAAAUGCAAACAUUUGGAGUACGAAAUGGCGGCAACAGAGUACACGAUAUAUUACCGCUUGCAACAGAAAGAUUCACUGACAUGUGACAAGGAAUCAUGUCCAUCCAUAACUACUACAAGUACAGAAGUGAUUCUUAACGAAUUAAAGCCGUUUACAAACUAUACCGUAAUGCUCGAAGCAACUAAUUAUUACGCAAAGCUUCAUGAAGUCAAACCUAUCGUUGGUUCAUCUAUGGUACUGCACACUGCUUCGGAAGCACCUACGGCCCCAAGGAACGUGACUUACUCGGUACUUAGUCCAGUGCUGGCUCGAGUUGAAUGGACGCCUGAUCCUGGAUUAUGGUACGAACUUCAUUGGAGGACCGAUGACUCUCCUUCACUGUCACAUAAGUUAAAAGAACACAACACGUUCGAAGUAUCAGAAGGUCGCAGCGCGAACAUGAUUGGUUUAUCCCCAAGCACAGUAUAUACGGUGUGGGUCCGAGCUCGGUCAAAUUACAGCGAAGUAUCGGCUGAUUCAGAACCAUUUAAACUUCGAACGUACCCGCCCCCUGCUCCAUUGGCACUGAAGAAUACUACUGCUUACGAAAUGCACGUAUUGUGGCCACCGCCUACAUCCUACACCACGCACAAAUACCAGGUGGAGUACACAGAAAUUGGUCUUUCAACCGUUGUUUGGAAGUUCUGUACGCAUAGCGGACAUGGUGUGUGGAGAGCUAGUAACUUGCGACCGAAAACUCGCUACCGCUUCCGUCUUCGCCUUCAGUACGUUGUUAAUGGCCCGGCGUACUAUUGGCCACAUGACGACAAAUUCACUUAUGAAACUUUGGGAGAUGUACCCGGCCCUCCUGGGUCGCUAAGGGUAGAGGCAGUGGGUGACAGGGUCCUACGCGCUUGGUGGUCCGAACCUGACACAAGAGGAGCGCCUAUAGAGGAGUACCGAGUUUGGGGAAGACCCCAACACAGGAUAAGCUACGUAUAUGAAAACGUUACAAAGAAUAUGAGCGAAAUGUUGCAAUCGGAUCUCCCAGCAGAUUUGGAUAAGGAAACAUUGACGCAUAUUAUACGUGAAGGACUUCAUCUGCUACACAAUGGGACUGAAACGUACUGGUUGAUCGGCGCGGGGGAGGUAUCGGAAGGGUAUGUGGCGCGAGUGCAAGCGAAGAAUAGCUACGGCUGGGGCGCGCUGUCAGCCGCGGCCGAACUUGAUGCGGCGCCGCUAGCGUACGCUGCGAGGCCACACCCCGCCGCGCUCGCUGUCGCCGUGGCCGCACUCGCCGCGCUUGUCUUGACCGUCGCUGCUGCUGUGUUUUAUACUUAUAACAAUCGGACUAAGAAAAAGGCUGCCAUGGAAAAUCAGAUGAUGACUAACGUACCCAGGCGAGGACCCGAUGUUGAACUGGCUACGCUGCGACAACUCCCAAUUAGACAUUCCACUAACAUACUAUACAAUCAGGGAGUACAUUGUCCAUCGGACGCAGAGCUGGCGAGCUUGCCACACAUUCGCAGAGAACAGAUCACUCUUACCAAGUUUCUAGGGUCUGGUGCGUUUGGUGAAGUAUUUGAAGGCAUUGCCAGACAAAUUAACGGCAGCACUGUUGACACUAAAGUAGCGGUCAAAACUCUGAGAAAAGGAGCAACGGAACAAGAAAAGACUGAAUUCCUGAAGGAAGCGGCAUUGAUGUCCAACUUCAAACAUGAGCAUAUUCUGAGACUGUUGGGAGUGUGUCUGGACAAUGAUCCCAACUACAUUAUCAUGGAGUUGAUGGAGGGGGGCGAUUUGCUCAGUUACUUGAGGGCAAAACGCGCGUCUCUGUAUACCCCCGAGUCACUCACGCUCCUGGAUCUCCUCAACAUGUGUGUGGACGUCACUAGAGGUUGUCGGUAUUUGGAAGAAAUGCACUUCGUACAUCGCGACUUGGCAUGCCGCAACUGUUUAGUCGCACACCGGGCAAACGGCAGAGUCGUCAAAAUCGGAGACUUUGGUUUAGCUAGGGAUAUUUAUAAAAAUGACUACUAUAGAAAAGAAGGCGAAGGUCUUCUGCCAGUUCGGUGGAUGGCAGUGGAGUGUUUAGUAGACGGAGUAUUUUCUUGUCAGUCCGAUGUUUGGGCAUGGGGUGUGCUCUGCUGGGAGGUUUUAUCCUUGGGCCAGCAACCAUACCCAGCUCGGACAAAUCGCCAAGUCCUAGGGUAUGUCCGCGCGGGAGGCACACCUGAUCGACCGCCUAAUUGUCCCUCAGUCUUUUACGAGCUCCUCCAAAAGUGCUGGAGUUACUCCCCGGACGGGCGGCCGUCGUUCCGGCACUGUCUCGAGGUGGUGACAACCCUGCGCGACAAGACAUCGCCGAAUAUAACGCUCACGGCGACUCCGACACCCGCGCCGCACUACCUGACGCUUCUAGGUGACGACGCCGUCGACAACCGCACCUACCUGCUCGACGAGAAUGACAACGCCUGCUUAGAUGAAGAUUUCCCUGAACAACAAAUGGAGCCGUCACAUCUGCUACCGCAACGGACGCCGAAGUACCUGGAGCUGAUGUAUGACAGCGAUUCGGGUGCCGGCACUGUGUAUGACGGGUACGAAAUCCCGCGCGCACCAGUUACGUACCUGCCGUUCUCACGGCACAGUAUAGUCGGCGUGGCGCCCAACAGACUGAUCAAGCCGCCCAUAUACAGGACGCACUCCCUGCGCACACACACGCGCCCCCCGAACGCCACCAUCAUCCCUCUACGGAACGGUAUCGUCAAGCGAGCCUCCCUUUGCGAGACCAUACAAGACACAUUCCCGCGCGACUCGCCCCGCCCCAGCUCGUCACGAGAACGCUCCAUCGAUCACGAUAUCGACAAACACGUUUUCAAGACUCCAUUUUAAACUGUGAUAUUGUUAUUAAGCGAUUUAUUAUACUUUGUACAUUACUCCACCGAUCCUCAAGUCUUUUUACUUGUGAAAUAUUUAAUUAUUUAUUUUAUUAGAUAGAUGUAAAUAUUCGAAUCGAUGUACAUAUUGUAAGAUAGAUGUAUUGUGUAAUUUGUAUUUAAGGUUUUUUAGCAUGACAACUUAACAUAGAACGUGCUUGAAAGUGAGAAUCAAAUGCUAGUUAUAAAUACGUAAUGACAAACUAAAGAUAAGUAGGUAUUUUGUCUCUCAAUAGCACGACUUCAGAAUAAGAAACGCGGUUACGCUGAAUGCAAGUACAACAAAAAAUAUGAAGAAAAUAUAAUGCAUUUAUUGUAAGCAAUUCCUAUUUAAUUAAACGUUUUAUCUUGA